CAAUGCAUGUAUCGGGUGUGCGUUUCUAUAGCGCUAAAUGUGAGGUUAUGUGACACGUGAUGUAAAAGUCAUCUGAAAUAAAUUAAGGACAAAACGCUACAAUUAUUUAAAUGCUGAAGGCACUACAAUCAUAAAAAAAGGGUGAAGCAAUAACGAUUUUCUUUGUGAAUAUAAAAAGAGAGCAACGUUAGAAUGUCAUCCUGGAAAAAAGCCGCAAAGGUAGGCCGAAAAAUCCAUCGGGAACGUCCUCAGCCAGAGGAUCAUGUGGGGUUUCUGGAAAGGAAGAAGGACUGGAUUGCCAGGGCCAGAGACUUCCAGGAAAAGCGGGACACAAUCAAACUUUUGAGGAAGCGUGCGCUAAACAGAAAUCCAGAUGAGUUUCACUUUCAUAUGAUUAGAUCUAAAGUAGUAAAAGGCGUUCAUCGGGAGAAAGACAAAGAGGAUCAACACACACCUGAACAGAUCAAAUUAUUGGAGACACAGGAUCUUAAAUAUGUAGCAUACAAGAGGAAUAUUGAAGCAAAAAAGAUAGAAAGGUUGCAAAGUCAGUUGCAUAUGAUUGAUGCAGUCAAUCAGAUACAGAAUCAACAUACUUUCUUUGUCGAUAAUAAUGCCGAGAUGAAGAAUUUUGAUCUUGCUAAAAAAUUGGAUACACAUCCAGCACUCUUGUCAAGACGCACUAAUCGACCAAAGCUGAGUGUGAUCAAAGAUAUGAAGCUGCCAGAUUUAAAUAACAAGACUAUCGCCAAACUCGAGCAACAACGGCACAUGCUCUACAAGGAGCUUGAGAAGAGAAUUAACAGAGAACGCGAACUUACGAUCGUGCAGCAGAAGUUGGAGAUGCAUAGAGCAUUGAAAGACAAAAAAAUCAAGAAGCCCAAAUUAGUGAAACCUGGCUCAAAAGAUGCUGCGCCUAUUUAUAAAUGGAAAUUUGAAAGAAAACGAUAACUUAUC